AUGGUAUAUUUCGUCGACACCCAGGGAAGACCUUUAGAUUCAGGCUCACAAAAACUUUUCGAAAGAAAAGAGCUUCCAAAUCUAGGAUCCCUUGUUCUAGGAAAGCAAUUCCGGUGGGCAGCCAAAUAUAACAAGUACAUGAAAAAAAAGUUUUCUCAGAGAUGGUCUUUUGCGAAGAAACUUCACGACAAACAGUGUAAGGAAAAUGAGCACGAAAAGUCUAAAGAGAAUGAACAGAAGAAUAUAAAAAGUUCAAACUUUAUGGAAACAGGCACAAACUGUGUGAGAGAAUUAAAGAAUUAUGUGUCUCAAAUACUUAAUGAACAUUAUAAUAACAAUGAAACAAUCGAUAAUUUAAUAAAAUUUUAUCGCAUAUUUUAUUUAGAUAAACAUUUAAUAAAUAACAUUGUUGAUAUUGUUUAUGGGCCUGAAAAUAUCAGAAAACUUUCUUUCUUCAUUGAUGAGAUUAGAAACUUGCUUAUACAAUUUCCACGAAGAACUGGUUGCGAUCUAACCGAAAGAUAUUGCAAUAUAAAAAUGUUUCACUUUAUGAGGCAAUGUUUGGUGAGAAAGAAGUUGUAUAGAUACACAAAUCAAUCUUAUAAAAAUCAGCUUUUGGAACGGAUUGUUACUAUGGCGGCACAAUGGUUUCAACCUGAAGAGGAUGUCUUUUACUCGAGCGUCAAAGCAUCACUAGAUAGUAUCGCAUUAGAAGUACUGGAUUGCCUCAAGGAAAAACAUCCCGACCAUUCGAUAUUCUCGACGUCCGCUGAAAUUUUUUCAUAUUGUGAAAACAACAAUAUCGACGAUAAUCAUUGGAACGAAGCAGAAGGAACGCAGAUUAUGGACACACUCGAGAAAUAUACACUUGUCAAAUUUCGACCAUGCAAAUGGAAAAUGUCUUCCAACACAAAGUUGGAAUACAUGUGUAUAGAUAAUGUCUUAAAAAAUAAAUAUGGCCAAGAAUUAAUUUUAUUAAUAAUAAUAUAUCACAGCAUGGCCAGAAGACUUGAUCUACGUUGCGAUGUAAUACGUUUGGGUUCUCCUACUUCUCACGUCUUUAUCGUUUGGAAACCAAACUUGUUGCUUGCUUAAGUAUAGGAUUGGCUCCGGCGAAUACUCGCCAUACGGCCAUAAACUGAUUAUAGGUACUAUAUAGGAUAAUGUAAGAACAGUUGUGUAUAUAUGUAAAACUUGUUUUUGAGUAAAUUUUCUUAGGGAAAGCGAGAAGGAAGGAAUUUUUGGGAGGUGAUAGGAAAGUAAAAAUGGGAAAGCGCCGGCCAGGGUCGAGUCGGGAAUCGAACCCGAGAUCUCUGGGAUGUGGGUCAGGCGCGCUACGCACUGAGCCACCAGAGGCCCCAACCAAACUUGUAAGUAUAAUAUUAGAAUUGGACUUAUAUCUGAACUAUUCGGUAUUUAUCUUUAUACUUUUAUCAUACGCACACAUAUGUAUACAGUCUUUUAUUGUUUACAGUGCCACGUAUAAUUCAAGAAAUGCAAGAUGUUUUAACAUAAGUUCUAAGAAAUUCUUGCCUUAUUAUCUUGGUGUCAGGGAACUGCUAUACAGGAUGCAUUCAAAUUUUGAAUACCUCGAUGAGUUAAGAGUUGGACGGGUUAACAAUUACUCAUACAUUUUAUUAAGUUCAACACUAAUCAAUAAACUUGUAAUCUUAGCAAAGAUAUGAGUCAAUGAAACACAUUUAAUAAGCAGAAAGAAUUAUACAAUAUUUGAUUUUUUCAUUUGUAAUCAGAGAUCUGUUCACACGUUUAAUCUUAGCUCAUGUUUAAUCCUUAUUUUUAGUUUUGGCAAGAAUUAAUAUUGUUAGCAUUGGUAAACAGUAACCGAUAUAAUAACGUUUUUGGGUUUAUGCCGGAUGGAUCGAUUCAAUUGGUUGGAUACGACAGUAUAAAUGUGCUCAGCCUUCGCGUUAAAAACACAGAUCUAUAUACAAGACCAAAGGACGUAAAAUUUGCAGUUGGUAUGAUAGUGACACAUCAACCUACAGAUUGUGCCGGCGUAAUAGUAAGAUGGCACCGACAUCUUGAUAGACAUUUUG